ACUAAAAUGCCUGUCUGUUUCACACUCCGGAGAAAAGAUCAAUUUGACUAGGUAGUUUGGAUAGCAAGCUGAAGUAAAUCUUUAUAUAAACCUUCCCCUGGAUGUGAUUUCUAACAUUAAAGGUGUACCAAACGGCAGGACACAAUGAAAACGGAUGAAGACGGAAAAGACAUGACGGGAGUGACUGUAAAUCGAUUUGCUGAAGAGGCUCUCUCCUCGGGGAUGGCUAAGAAUGGAUACUUUUAUCAAGAGAUGGAGCAGAGGGAGCAAGAGGAACAGGAGGAGGGGAGCGAGGAACGAGAGGAGGGACAGGACUCUCCCAUCCCAUUAGGAGAUGACAUUCAUCUCUACGGCAACCAGACACACCAAGGAGGAACAGAAUCCGAUGUCCAUGGCUCUGUUCUGCUUAACACGUCUCGAAGGUAUGUGAAGCUGAUGAACUUCGAGGAAGAGGUGCGAGCUCACAGGGAUCUGGAUGGGUUUCUGGAGAGGGCCAGUAUUCUGCUACACGAGGACGAGGCAUCACUGGACGAUGUGUUGAAGACAAUGCUCCGCCAUGUCUCUCAGGACCCACACACCGCCGAGCCCGCCUGCAACUUUGAGGAAAUCAUGAGCUCGUUAUUCACAGACGCCGGGUCACAAGAGGUCAAUGACAGGUCGGCAAAUUUCAUUUUCUAUGACAACGUGCAUCUAUUGUCAGAGACACUGCAGUGUGUGACAGCCACAGCCACAGGUAUACAGUACCAGCAGUCCUGGCUUUGCAUACUCUGUAAUGUGAAGAACCUGCAGAGGCGGCACGUGUGUAUCUCUCGCCUGGAUCGUCCACAGAACUGGGGGGAAAAUUGUGCAGAAGUCCGCUAUGUUAUCCUUAUUCUGGCACCUUCUAAAAUGAAAAGCACUAAGACGGCAAUGGAGCUGGGCAGGACGUUUGCCAGCAUGUUCUCGGACAUCUCCUUUAGACAGAAGCUGCUAGAGAGUAAGACUCAGGAGGAGUUUAAAGAGGCACUGGUCAUCCAGAGGUACCACCUGACUGCUGCCAAACGUAAAACCACAGCAGUGGAGGGGGAAGAGACUGACCCACACAGCCAAAAACCACUGAAGUCUACAGAAUCUGUGUUCUCUCAUCUUGUGUCUCUCUCUCUGCUGUGCAGGGGGCCCUGUUGUAGAGAUUUUUUCAGAGUGGGCAGAGGAAUAUAUGAGGAUCUGUGUCGUCGUCUGCCUCUCUACCCAUCUGACUUCACUGAUGGAUUAGUGGGCAAUAACAAAGCCCUGGUGAAGUUCAUGACGACGUCCAUCUUCCUCUACAUUGCUGUGCUACUUCCUGCCAUCGCUUUUGGCUCACUCAAUGAUGAGAGCACUCGGGGAGAGAUUGAUGUUCAGAAGACGAUCAUUGGGCAGAGUAUUGGUGGAAUCAUAUACUCGUUAUGUGCUGGAUCACCUCUGGUCAUUCCAUUGACCACAGCACCCAUCGCUAUUUUCAUUAGUGUGAUUAGGGGAGUCUGUGAUGAUUAUGAGCUGGACUUUGCAGCAUUUUAUGCAUGUAUCGGUCUGUGGAACAGUCUCUUCCUCAUCAUGGGUGGAGUUUUCAACCUCAGCCUGCUUGUUAAGCUCUUCAAGAGGUCGAUUGAGGAGGUGAUAGCUUUGUUCAUAUCCAUUGCUUUUGUAGCAGACGCAGUAAAAGGCACUGUCAAAAUCUUUCAUGAGUACUACCAUGCUCCCACCCUGGCCAAUGGGAGUGCAGCAGAGUUGAGUCGUAUCAGCGGAAGUGUACAUUUAGGAGAACUUAACCUGACAGAAACGGUGCCCGUUUCCAUCCCAGAAUCCUUCAUUCUGUGCACACGGGAGCGUCCACUUCUCUUUCUCCUCCUCAUGCUGGGUACUCUCUGGGUGGGAUACACACUCUACCAGUUCAGGAGAAGUCCGUUUCUGCAUGUGAAGAUGAGAGAGAUUCUGUCCGACUGUGCUCUGCCUAUCUCAGUGCUUGUCUUCUCUUAUGUGGGAUCAUACGUCUUCAACGACAUUGCCUUGCCGGUGUUUAACUUCCAUCAAGGUCCAGUGUUUCAAGUUGCUCCAUUGGAUAAGCUGUCUGGAGCGAGUGUUCUGAGCGCAAUGGGUCUGGGCUUCCUCCUGUUUCUCCUCAUCUUUAUCGACCAGAACAUUGUGGUGUCACUUACAAAUGCACCUGAGAACAGGUUACAGAAGGGCACAGCAUAUCACUGGGACCUGACUCUGUCUGGCUUGAUUAAUAUUUUGAUGUCUGUGCUGGGCAUGCCGUGGAUGCAUGCUGCAUUCCCUCACUCCACUCUGCACGUCAGACAGCUGGCCAUCGUGGAAGAGCGGGUGGAGGGAGGACACCUUUAUGAAACUAUAGUGAGUGUGAAGGAGACGCGGGUGACCUCGCUCGUGGCUAACAUCCUCAUAGGUGUGAGUGUGUUUCUGCUGCCAGUACCGCUGCAGUGGAUUCCUAAGCCUGUGCUCUAUGGGCUCUUCCUCUACAUCGCUCUCACCUCCAUUGACGGCAAUCAAAUGUGCGACCGCAUGGCUCUGCUACUCAAAGAACAAACGUCCUACCCUCCCGCUCACUACAUCCGUAAGGUACCGCAGAGAAAGAUCCAUUACUUCACUUUCCUUCAGAUGGUGCAGCUGCUUUUCCUGUGCACGUUUGGGAUGUACCCUCUCCCAUAUAUGAAGAUGAUCUUUCCUCUGCUUAUGUUUAUACUCAUACCCAUCAGGAACUGUGUACUGCCCAGGAUCAUUGAGGCAAAGUACCUGGACAUUAUGGAUGCACAGCGCAUGUAACUGCAUGCACAUUGAGCCUCUGAGCAAAGGACUCUGGGAAUUGUAUUUCUGAAAUGCAAAACUCUGGGAGGAAAAAAAAAAACUGAUUCUAGUGUUUAACAGCAGGCAUUCUGGUGAAGCACUGAACAAGUGAGAGAGAGAGAGAGAGAGAGAGAGAGAGAGAGAGAGAGAGAGAGAGAGAGAGAGAUAUUAGAAAAGAGGUAUAUUUUAUAAAAAGAGCAAGAGAGAGAGAGAGAGAUAAAGAGGGAAGAAAAAAAGUGAUUCAUGUUUACUGAGUAGAAAGACAGACUGCUGUGUAACUGUUGACGUUGGUCAGUCACUGCUUCUCUCAUGAUCCGAAUCCUACACCAAAGCCCCCCCCUCUCUCUCUCUCUCUCUAGUCUAUUCUGAUGUAUCCAUUCACCGCAAUAUGGAUAACACUUGAUUUAUGAGAUGUAGGAAACCAUCACAUGCACUCUCAGAAAUUGUGCCAUUACAAAAGUAUAUCUUUGAUCAUAGUGUUCCUGACACAAAUACUGCUAUUUUUUGAAGACACAGUGAAGUGUACCUUUAGAGAAUGAAUCUAUCUGUAGCAAUACCUCUUAAUGCUGAAUAUUAACACACAUUCAGUGUGUCUCACAGUCAGAGCCUCUCAUACAUAGAGUAUAAAAGCUGUUUAUCAUAGAUUUUUUCCAGUGCGUUUUGGUACAUAUCAGUGACAAUUAUUAAUAAUGAAGUGAGCAUGAACCAAAAGUACACACUCACCUUAUUAAGAUAACUGUCUCAUAGCAAUACAGCAGAUUGAUUAUUAGAGGAUAUCAAUAUUUUAGAGUUUUCUAAAGAGAGUUUUCUUUUGAGCUAAUAGACUUCUAGUUUGGAUACCCACUGAUGUGUUGAGAAUGUAACAUAUAAGCGCUGGUGAUUCAGGGAUAAAGGAGAAAUAGAAGCAGCAUUUUUGUGGACAUUGCUCACUGCUGAAUGGAUUCUGACAUUGAAGCUUUGCACAUCACAGGACAACACAACUGCAUACUUCCCAAUUGACGCACACAUACACAGAGGCAUGGCUAUAAACAACGCACAUGUGUUAUCAUGUCUGUCCAUUAUACAAUAUAUUUAAAACAGAGAAAGCAUGCCUUUUAUAAGACAUCUUUUUGAUUUGCAUAACUAUUAUGCCAUUUGUUGUGUUUUUAAAAGCAACUAGACCAUAUCCCAACAUCAGAGUUCAAUCUCGUGGAAUAAAACUCUCCCAGCAAACAUGUUUAGCACUGAGAUACCCCAAAAUACUGGAAUCUGAGAUGAUUCUGACCCAUCAACUAAGUUACAUUCCCAGAGAGAGUGUGAAAAGAGAGGAGUAAAUGAUGAAUAGAGAUUAAUUUAGGUGCACAAAUAAGAGAGAGACGUGGUUUGAUUAAUCGUGGGCAAAACGUUUGAGCACCUGUGCACUUAAUCAUAGGCAAAAUGAGAUUAGAGAAAGCUAAAAUAAGGCUAGAUUGAUAUUUGUCAUGUAAGCUAUAAGCUUGAGAGCGAGAGACUGUGAUUUCAUUUUCUCUUGAACAUCUUGAACCACUUGCAUAAUCAUCAUUCCCCAUUUCUCUCUCUGUAUUCCCUGUAACAGUAUCAAAGUUAUUCUCCUUGAAUCCUGACCUCUUGUGUAAAAACAACCUAACUUAAGUAACCCUGUUUGUCAUUGGACAUCUCUCAGUAUUUACUGUAAUAUUGAAAUAUUCUACUUUUAAUUUGUGAUUGCUCACAUCUGGGUGGGACAUGUUGAAGUUAUGUUCUGUGCUGUUUAAAUAUUGUUUUUGAUUUAUUUUUUAUCAUGAAUGUAUAAUGUGUAAAUUUUUAUAUAACACAUAAAAGAUUAAUUGUCAAGUUGAUUUUGUCAAACAGAUAAGCUAAAUUUGUAAACUGCAAUAUGUAAAAACUAAAGUAAAUAAGAGACAUGUUUAUUAGAAGGAUGGUGUUGGUUUAAUAGGGGUAUGAUAUACACUGAAAUCUAGGUCAUUUCAAGCUGAUUGCCAA